AUGUCUGGCAAGCAGGCCCCGAUCAGCCACCCCAACAGGGAGGAAAACAACUUCAUCCUUUUUGGGGAAUCCCCACUGGCACCAGAGCACAUGGACGAGCGGCCGGACGAGCCGAGAGGAUCAGGCCAGCGGCAACAUCAGCAGCAGUCGUCAGGGCCGGUAGGCCGGUCGUUGUUCUACCAAGCCAACAACGUCCUCCUCGAGGCACAGGCGGUGCUUCUCUUCGACGCGCUGCGCAAGACCAACCGCACGCAAGAGAACCGCCGCGAGAUCGGGGAGCUGGAGGAGGACGUCCGUAUCCUGCGCCAGGUCAUGGCGGGCCAAGACUUCCCGCCGCUAGUGCAACACUUGGAUGGCAGCACUACCAUCCCGACCCAGCCGUGGAUUCACCGCUGGCGGGACCUGCAGGGUGACUACCAUGUCACCCCCUACAAGCCGCGCGACACCAACCCGGCCGGUUAUGCCUACCAAGCCAGGCCCAAUGGCGCACGGCCGCUGCGCCAGGCAGCCAAAACCCUCGACUGGCAGCUCCACAGCAAUCUACGACGCCAUCUGCCCGACCUGGAAUGGUGCGUGGUGUGCGGGGGCUGGCACUACGUCCAGGAGGUCAGGAGCGUCGACAUUUUGCUGUGGGAGGCAUUUGGCGACGAGGACGGCCUGCUGCCGGACGAGUACCCCACCGAGGGCCAAGCCUCGGAAAUGCCGUCGCUGCCCAUGUGCUUGGAGUGGGCGCAGCUCUGGGACUGGGGCAUCAUCGCCUUUGUGCCUGGCCGCACGCCUGGCAGCUGGAUGACCAAGGUCGUGCACCCAGACUUUGUCCAGUUCAUGGCCAGGAACUACCCUGGCGCCGAGGGCCGCCAGCUCAAGAUGAGCCCGUCCUGGCGGCCCAACCCGCGCCACCUGUAUCUGCGCUGGGCAGUGGCGGAGCUGCUCCGGAUCCACGACGAGGGCGCCGCGCGGCCCAUCGUACCUGCCCGCGGCGUCCUGUUCUGGGAGAGCGGCAUCGCCGCCUACGAGACGGGGCCGCUGGGCUGCGACAUGACCAUGUUCAUCACGUGGUUGGGGUGCGAGCUGGCGGGCCUGAUGCCCGAGGAGACGUACGUGCUCUUUGAUAUACCAUCGGAGCUGGCACUCCGCGCCAAGGACCAGCUCGACAAGCAAUGGGCCAGGCACUUUUGGACGCCGCGGUUCAAGAGGUUCGUCGACGCGUACCUGGAGUGGAAUGCUGCGUUCGGUAAGACCUUGGAGCAGUACAGGCAGCAGAUGGGGAUCUCCUCCGGGGUGAGCCGGAGUGAAGAUGUCGAGGGGGAGCAGCGGCUCUGGCAGGUCCUCAAGGGGAUACUCGGAGAUGAAGACGAGGAGCCACAGGGUGGCGAGGAGCAGGAGGGGAAUGAAGGCGAGGACGAGGAGGUGGAUGAUGAGGAAGAGUCUGGCGAGCAGACGGAGCAGCAGGAGGAGGCUGGUCAGGUGGACGUCGAGACGCCAGAGGAGGGGCCUGACACCACGGAGGAACAAGAGACGGAGAUUGAGGAUGAGGAGGAUGAGGAGACCGACGAGGAUGCUGAGGAACAGCUCGAGUUCCAAAGCAGUGGAUACGACGCCGACGUGGAAGGGUCCUUUGAUGACUCGGACGAGCAGGAAGGAAGCAACUGGAACGAGACCACCGACGAAGAGGUUUGGUUCACAACCAGCGAGGAGGGCGAUGAUCCUUGGAACCUCAGCUAUGAGGGUGACUAG